UACCCUUAUUUCGCUGUGACGUCACAUGAAAAUUGAUAGGGUAUUGGACAAUUCACGCAGGGCUUUACUUUAUUUACUUUGGCGCUGAAAUCUGUUUUAUUUAUUUAUAAAUGACGCUGGAUUCUAGAUGAAUCUCAGAGAAGAACUAGUAAUAUGCCUGAAUAUAUGACAAGUUACCCUAUGACGUCAUUGACGCUCGACGCCAUCGCCUGCAAGGAAGAGGACGCGGUAGUCGUAGAAUAUAUUCUUAAAGCCUCAGGAAGUGGGGGGGAGAUGCAGUACCCCCCGGAUGUGAAGUACGCAUUCGAGGAACUUUGUCCUGUGUGUGGAGACAAGGUUUCAGGAUACCACUACGGACUUCUUACCUGUGAAAGCUGCAAAGGUUUCUUUAAGAGAACAGUACAGAACAAGAAGGUGUAUUCCUGCGUUGAUAACAGAAAUUGUCACAUUGACAAAAGUCAAAGGAAACGCUGUCCUUACUGUCGAUUUCAGAAGUGUCUCAGUGUAGGAAUGAAGUUAGAAGCGGUUAGACAAGAUAGAAUGCGCGGAGGGAGGAACAAAUUUGGACCGAUGUACAAACGAGACAGAGCGCUAAAACAACAGGCUAUACGCCAACAGCAGCAGCUUUUGGCCACGUGUCAUGCUCGGUUCUCUGGUGGAAUGAACAUGAUGGGAGAUCAGGACAUCAAGCCUGAUCCCAGCAUGCUCCACCAACUGUCCUCUGAAGGAAAUGUGGGAUACGCAAUGCAUUCGCCCCCUUUGUCCAGUAUGCCAUCACCUGGAAUGCCCGACUCCCCUCCUCAGGAUCUCAGUCGGUUAUCCAACUCUGUUUCAUCCCAAGCUCUGCCCACUUCCACCAACUCACCAUCUCAGGUUUACUCCAUGCCACCAAACUACCAUCACUCUGUUGUGUCAGCAAUGCGCAAUCAAUAUUCAGCAACACCUCACAUGAAUCACCAUUAUAAUCAUCACAGCCCAAACCAGAUGUCACCACUCUCGCCUGUGGCGCCCCCUAUCGUGCCAAUUGUGCCUCAGUUGAUUCUGGACGUGAAAGCUUCCAUGGCUGAUGAGAAUGAAAUAAAACAAAAACUUACUUCCUUUGUCCAAAAUGAAUUUGGCCAUGAGGAUAUUUUACAACCUAGUGUUCUAAUCAACAUGCUGUGUAAACUUUCGGACCAGCUUCUAUUUUUGAUGGUGGAGUGGGCAAGGACCUCAUUCUUCUUCAAAGAUUUAAAGGUUGAGGAUCAGAUGAAGCUACUACAGAACUGUUGGAGUGAAAUACUUAUAUUAGACCUGGUUCACAGACUGGUCAGGGAUACUUGGUCAGGGGAGGUUACUCUGUUGAAUGGGAAGAAGUUGACUUUGGAUUGCCUAGACAAGUUAGGACUAGGAGCAGCCAAAGAGAGUAUCUUUGAUCUGGUGCGGAAAAUGAAAGAGCUGAAAAUAGACAUCAACGAAUAUCUGUGCCUCAAAUUUCUAAUAUUGUUAAAUCCGGAUGUACCAGGUAUAGAAAAUCGUCAAGCAGUAGAGAAUUCCCAAGAGAAAGUUAAUUCAGCUCUAAUGGAAUACUGUGUCAAUUUCUACCCUCACCUCAAGGACAAGUUUGGGCAAGUUUUAUUAAGACUUCCAGAAGUGAGGUUGAUCAGUAUGCAUGCUGAGGAGUUCCUGUACUACAAACAUUUAAAUGGGGAAAUUCCUGAUCAGACUCUGUUAAUAGAAAUGUUGCAUUCUAAAAAGAAAUAGAAGAAUAAUGUUUCAUCGUGUAGCUACAACCUAUUUUCCUGAAUUUAUGAAUGAAUGGAUUCCACAUGAAAUCAAGGUUGAAAAUAUUAGAGAAAAUUAAUGAAUGAGAGAUUCUAUCAAAGGUUGUUGAGUUUGUAUUUUUAUCAGGGAGAAGAAAUAUAUUUAUCUAAAGGGAGAUAUGUACGAGUCAGCUGAUAAAGAGUGCUCCAAGGUUUUCUCACUUUUUGUUCAAAAUAUUGAGUGCGAUAAUCAUAAAAAAGACUGUGCCAUGUUUUUUUACUGGUUUUGUUAUUGUUGACUUUGUUUUAACUUUGUCCUAAAUUUUCGGACAAUAGUGGUCAGUUAACAGGACAAUAAUGGUCAGUUAACAGUAUCUUACAUAAGUGUAGUUAUAUAGUACACAGCUUUUCUGUUGUGGCAUCAUUUUUUAAAAUUUGCUAAUAAAACACUUAAUUGUUCAAAUUUUAAUUAUGAGGCCAUAUUUGUUCAUGUUGUGUAUAGGUAUUAGUAAUGCCAGAAUUUUUUCGAGCCAGUUGACUUGAGAAAUGAAAGUGCUGACUGUAUGAGUUAUGAAGACAGUUGUUACCUAUAUGCUGAGUGAACAUGUUUUUAUGAUUCAAUGUUUUAAGCCUUAGUUUACCUCUGAUGAGACAGUUUUUGUUUCUGUGAAAUAAGUUUCACUACAAAUGCUUAAGUUUUCCUGCAUUUGUGGAAAGUUGCAUACAUGUAUAAAAUGUUAAUUUGUGUUAUCAUGAUCAUCAUUUCAUUAUUAUAGGGCAUUUUGGUUCAUAGCUGUAGUCACAUGUAAAUUACAGUUGUGAAUGAGCAGUUUUUAUUGCAAUAUACUUUUGCCUAGGAAGGCUGUGACUUGUUAUAGUUUUUGUGUAACUUAAGAAAUGAUGUUUGACUUUACAAUACAUCGUGCUAAAGGAAUGAUAUUGCCUUCUCUUUUAUUCUAAUUUUUUUUUAAUACAUUGUACAUUUACGAUGACUUUAUUCGUGUUGGGGAAAAAUGGAAAUACUUUUAAAUUUUCGUAUUUUGUGAAGGAAACUGAAAUUCUUCUUUUAAUUUAUAUUUUACCAAAUAUUUUGAUAUUGAAAUUGACUUACAAUGCAAUUUAUAAAUGAUAUUUUGGAUUUAAAUGAAAUUUUCUAUAACGUUAUGGAUGUGAUUUAUUGUUAAAUUUCCCUGAAAGUUCAUCCUGCAUUGAAAAUAUCCAAGCAAAUGCUGAUCAUUUUCUUUCAAAAUUUCAAUCUUGCUAGUCUGACAUAUUACUAUUACGUCAUUGUAUGCUCUUUCAAAUGGACAAUCAAAUUACAGAAUUUUCUUGAAAGGACCGAUCCUCAUUGCUCAAAAUAAACUUUUAUCACCAAUUUUGAAAUCAGAUCGUCGUCAUAAAAUAUGAAUGAUUGAAAGGUCAGCUCAUAAUAUUAUUUUGUGUUUCUUUCAUCAUUAUUUUGUUAAUAUUAACAUAAAUUGCAUGUAGCCAGUAUCACUAUUAUCAGAAAUUAGACUGAAUGCAUGAAGACAACAAAGAUCUCAAACGCAAUUUUCAUACUAAGGUUCCCAUUUUUUAAUAUGGUAGACUUUUUUGACUGAAAAUUUCUUAACAUUAACACUAACUUUAAAGUUGUUAAUGUGAUUUGUAUUAUGCAGCUAUUUUAGCACAAUGGGAAAUUGUAAAUAAUCUAUGUGAUAUGACACUGUUGUUCUUGACGAUUGAUCGAGUGAUCUGAAACAUUGAUUAAAUCUAACCAUUCCUUAAAAUGCAUGAUGGUACUAAACUAUUUUAGCAUUCAUGUUCAUAUCCUUGCAAUGAGAAUUAAAUGGUUAGGAGAACAUUCAUUUUUUUUAUUCUGAAAAACACUUUUAUAUAAUAUAUAUUGGAUAUUUAAUAUAUUCUCAUAUUUAAGUCAUAUUAAUUAUAUUGUUUUAGAUUUUUCUAUCAACUACACAAGCAGACAUAGUGCUGAAAUUUGUAUAUUUUGAUGCUGAAGAUUUUGUAAACCCAGCUUCAAAUAUGUAAAUACAAAAGUAUGUACGAGUGCUUCCGUGAGAGAUGCUGUGUUUAUUGGUGCAUGAUUGUGUGUUUAUUGGUGCAAACACAUCCCAAUUUUGUUGUAACUCCAUGCCUAUUCAAUAAAUUGAGUGCUGUGUAUGUUGAAAAAGAAAGUGCUGAAUGGAUGUGUAUUUCUUUUGUUGACUGUAUGUGCUUUCACUGCUAAUAAAUAAUUGUGAUUUCUGUUUCAAAUUGGACUCUCUUAACCUAAUAUAUAGAUGAAUGGGUAUGUGCUUGUAUAAAACCACAGGAAGCAUGCCUUUGUUUGUCACAAGUGGUAUGGGAGACAUUGGGGGUUUGUGUAGAGGGCUUUUGACUUUAGCAAACAUUUUUAUCAAGUACUCCAAGCAUUUUUGUCCAGUUUCCAAUACUGUGUAUUAAAAAAAAAAAUUUUUAAAAACUGACAGGGUAACCUGUCUAAGAGUAUAUUCUUUGAUGGCAGUUUUGUGGCAGUGAAGAAAAUUUAAUAUUGCUGCAGAAUGUCCUACUGCAUAUAUGAAAUAAAACAGGAACUGUA